AUGAUAAAAUGGCCAUGGGUGUACCCCCUCGCAGAGAAGAAUCCCUGACGUUAGUGUUCGUUGAGACCAAAAAGGGUGCAGAUGCCCUUGAGGAGUUCUUGUACCGUCAUGGAUACCCCGUGACGAGCAUUCAUGGUGACCGAAGCCAACGUGAGCGAGAGGAUGCUCUUCGUGUCUUCCGCUCUGGCCAGUGCCCCAUCCUUGUGGCAACUGCUGUGGCAGCUCGUGGUUUGGACAUUCCACAUGUUAAGCAUGUCAUUAAUUUUGAUCUGCCAUCGGACAUUGAGGAAUAUGUUCACCGUAUCGGUCGAACUGGUCGUAUGGGUAACCUUGGCCUUGCCACUAGUUUCUUCAAUGACAAGAAUCGCAACAUGGUACGUGACUUGGUAGAACUCUUACAAGAGGCCAAGCAGGAGCUUCCUAAGUGGCUAGAGGCUAUUGCCUCUGAAGCACGCUUUGGAGGUGGAGGAGGAAGAGGCCGCGCAGGAGCCAAGCGCUUCGGUGGAGGUUUUGGAUCCCGAGAUUACCGUCAGGCCGACCGCAACAAGGGCCCCCACACUGCAGGGCCUGCACGUCCAGGUGGAGGCUUCAACAGCUUUGGUGGAGCUGCUCCACACUUCAAUCAUUAUGGAGGGUAUGGAGGUUUCAGUGGAAGCCAAGGCUACAAUAGCUACAACACCUCUGGCGCUUCAGGGACAGACUGGUGGGGGGGUAACUGAGCCCUGGCAGCAGGAUCUGUGGCACCUUGCCACCUUGUGCAACACUUGUUACACCUGGGACUGUACCAUUAGUGGAAGUGCAGUGUUUGCUUUUUCUUUAGUUUAGACAGGGUAGUGUAAACCCUCAUUAGUAUAUAAGGUAUUUCUGCCACAGCAGGAAGUGUUUGUUAAUUAGCAGUUUACCUAUACUGACAUGUGUAAGAGGUCAGUCUUAAAGAAUGGAACAUGCUUGAAACUGGAUAUUAUCAUUAUUUGAAAGACACUCCAGAAUUGUGUAUUGCUUUAUA